CACGCGCCCGCCCAAUAUUGUCCGACGACGAUCGAAGCCCACCGACAACCCUUCCGCCCACCGACUACCGACGCCGACAACUCGAAGGAAACGACAUCAGUUUAAUCGCACUCCUUCGUCGAUCUAAUCACAAUGGCCCCUAUUUCCUACUCCAAGACCUACAAGGUUCCCAGGCGUCCCUUCGAGUCCGCGCGUCUCGAUGCCGAAUUGAAGACCGUCGGUGAAUACGGUCUGCGCAACAAGCGUGAGGUGUGGCGUGUCCAGCUCACCCUGUCCAAGAUUCGUCGUGCUGCCCGUCAGCUUUUGACCCUGGACGAGAAGGACCCCAAGCGUCUGUUCGAGGGUAACGCCUUGAUUCGCCGUCUCGUACGAGUCGGUGUCCUGGACGACCAGCGCAUGAAGCUCGAUUACGUCUUGGCCCUUCGCGUCGAGGACUUCUUGGAGCGUCGUCUCCAGACUCAGGUCUACAAGCUCGGUCUCGCCAAGUCCAUCCACCACGCCCGUGUCCUGAUCCGUCAGCGUCACAUCCGUGUCGGCAAGCAGAUCGUCAACGUCCCUUCGUUCGUCGUCCGUCUCGACUCGCAGAAGCACAUCGAUUUCGCUCUGAGCUCGCCCUUCGGUGGUGGACGCGCCGGUCGCGCUCAGCGCAAGAAGGCCAAGGCCGCUGAGGCCAAGAACGAUGGUGGUGAUGAGGAGGAUGAUGAGUAGAUAUUUUCAAUGACCUACUCAUAAAUUCUAUACCUCUGAGCAAAAGUUGUGUUUUACUCGUUUCGAUGAUGUACUAGUAAUCCCGUGAUCAGAAAGGAGAUGGAAAUGAACCAUAGUUGCAUCGGAAGUCCCAU